AUGCGCAACCUCAGAAAUAUUCGCUUUUCUGAAGUCCCGCUGCUUGGUGGGCUUCCGUUGGCCGCCACUGCGUGGGAUGCCUCAACGGACUCGCUGAUAUGCGCAUUUGGCCCGGCGGAGGAUAACGCAGUGAUCGAGCUGAAGAGAAAGCUGCAGCAUGAAGAUGCCAAUCCCGAGGCGCUGCCUGGGGACAUGUCCCUGAUUGCAUCCUGGGACGCGCCUUGCCCAAACCCAGACAUGAAGUGUGAUCGCAUAUUGUCUUUGCAGUACUUCCCCGACACCUUGAUAAUAUGCUUGGUACUUGAAGGUGGAGAUAUUAUUAUCGUUCGUGAAGAGCCUCAGCCAGGAGAGGACAAGAUUGAAAUUGUUGGCAGCGUUGAUGCCGGUAUAUCUGCUGCCGCUUGGUCUCCUGACGAGGAGCUGCUGGCCAUCUCUACAAAGGCAAACACUCUACUCUACAUGACCAGAGACUUUGAAGGCGCUGCGGAUAUUGCUUUAAGCCAGGAAGAUCUCAAGAUAUCCCAACAUGUCUCCGUGGGCUGGGGAAAGAAGGAGACUCAGUUCCAGGGGAAACGAGCGAAAGCUCUUCGAGAUCCAACAAUGCCAGAGAAAGUUGACGAAGGAAAACUAAGCGAAUUUGAUGACGGGAAAACCACUCUCAGCUGGAGAGGCGAUGGUGCAUACCUCGCUCUCAAUAGCAUUGAGACUGGCAUUCGUCGAGUUAUCCGUGUCUAUUCUCGAGAAGGUGCAUUGGAUAGUGUGAGUGAGCCAGUGGAUGGACUAGAGGGUGCUCUAAGUUGGCGGCCAUCGGGCAAUCUCAUUGCUGGCAUCCAACGGCUUGAUGAUAGGAUCGAUGUUGUCUUCUUUGAAAGAAAUGGGCUGCGACAUGGCCAGUUUACUCUUCGGUUAUCAAAUGAGGAACGACUAAGCUGGGCAUCCAACAUCACUCUCGCCUGGAAUGUUGAUUCAAAUGUGCUUGCAGUCCAGUUCAAAGAUAGGAUCCAGCUUUGGACAACAGGAAACUAUCAUUACUACCUUAAACAAGAAAUCUCACUAUCAAUCGAUGGGGCAUCACCACUUUUUCAAGUAUCCUCUUCCUCUGUUUGGGUAUCAAUAAAAUUGCUAACAUCGUCUGAAGCCUCGUUGAUUGAUACCGAUUGGGUAUUUGAGGUUGCGGCUGGUUCUACUAUCAUUCCUAAUGACUUUGGUUCUACCGCUGUAAUCGAUGGAUGCACCUUAAAGUUGUCUCCGUUGAAGGUAGCAACAGUGCCUCCCCCGAUGGCACUUUGCGAGCUUGCCCAUGACUCAAAUAUUAUUGAUGUGGCGUUUAGCAAGACGAGCGCAAAAAUUGCUAUCCUCGGUGCAGCUUCAUUUACGAUCUACACUUGGAAUCUCAAGUCCACCUCUCCCCUCGAAGCAACACUAUACUCCUCACAUGCCAUUUCUCCGUCCAGGCGCCCUAGGCUAAUCGCUUUUCUUGGUGAGGACGAUAUCUACGUAGUAACGCAAGAUGAAUUUGGCGGAGAAGUAGUUGAAUGGACAGGAUUACAAUUGAAUGCUUCCAAACCUGUCUUUCUUCCUGAGGAGGGAGUUCAUAUAUCCUCUAUUUUCCCCGAUUCUGAGCAGGAGAAACUUUGGAUUGCCCACAUAUCUCCGAGCAAACGAGUCAGAAGUUAUAGCUUUGUUCGAAACAACGGAGCCGAGGACUCUUCCGUUGUUACAUGGCAAGAUGGGCCCGCAACCGACACCAGCUGGGCCCGUGCUAUCCAAGUUCCUAGUGGGGAUGAUAUAUUGUUCACGCUUUCUCGGUCCGGAGCUCUGUAUGCCAAUAAGCGAUUGCUCACCAAGAGCGUUACAUCUUUUCUCCUGACUUCUGCCCAUCUGAUCUAUACAACUGCGCAGCAUCUACUUAAAUUUGUUCACAUAACUAAAGUUGAUGAUCUUGAAAUACCAGGGGACACCCCAGAAGAGGAUGAGAGGUGCCGAAGCAUUGAGCGUGGAGCCAAAUUAAUUACUGCCAUGCCCUCUAAGCUCGGCCUUACCCUGCAGAUGCCUCGAGGGAAUAUAGAAACAAUCUACCCUCGAGCUUUUGUCCUGGCAGGUAUCCGUGGCUACAUUGAAAACAAGAAAUACAAAUCAGCCUACCUGGUUUGUAGAGCACAGAUGGUGGAUAUGAACAUCCUCUAUGACUAUAUGCCCGAACAAUUUUUGCAUAAUAUACCGCUCUUCCUUGAUCAAGUGAAGAGGGUCGAGUUCAUCGACGAGUUUCUAUCUCGCCUAAGAAACGAAGAUGUAACGAAGACAAUUUACAAGGAUACUCUUAAGCUUUCGCAGCCGACAGAAGCCUCUCGAGGCAACGCUCCCGGGUCAGAUCAGGCGCCGGCUAUCUCCUUCGGUAAAACUAAAGCUGAGAACAAAGUGAACAAGAUCUGUGAUGCGUUUAUAGCCGUCCUUUCUCACCGAAUUGAUACCAAUCUUCAAAAUCUGGUCACCUCGCACGUUUGCAAGUCUCCCCCAGAUCUUGAUGCUGGGCUCAGCCUUGUCGCCAAAUUACGCGCUAACGCUGAAACAGAACGGAACGCAGAACAGGCAGAGGAAGCAGUAGAGCAUAUGUGCUUCCUUACAGAUGCCCACCAACUUUUCAAUUAUGCACUAGGUCUAUAUGAUCUUGAGCUUACGUUGAUGGUGGCUCAACAAGCUCAACGAGACCCGAGAGAAUACCUCCCAUUCCUUCAGAAGUUACAUGGUAUUUCAGAGCUUCAACGCAAGUUUGAAAUUGACAAUCACCUUGGUCGUUUCAAUAAAGCAUUGAAGACUCUACAUGCAUUGGGCUCAUAUGAUGAUCUGAAAUUGUACACAAUCAAACAUGGCCUUUAUAAAGAUGCAUUGGAGUUGUAUAAGUACCAGCCAGAGCUUUUGCGGGAUAUGACCCAAUUGCACGCAGACUACCUAUACGACCAGUCAAACUACAAAGAAGCUGCUAUUGCUUACGAAUCUCUUGGAAUGUUCAAGCCUGCUUAUGAAUCGUACAAACUGGCACAUAUGUGGCGAGAAUCACUUUACUGUGCAGCCUUAGUUCCGCUAUCAGAAACCGAUAUGAAUGAAUUAGCCACAUCCCUAGCCUCCACGCUCACAGACGAAAGUAAAGACUACGUCUCCGCUGCACGUAUUCAAUCGGACUACCUUCAUGAUAUUCCUACCGCAGCACGACUGCUUUGCAAAGGUUCUCAGUUUGGCGACGCAUGUCGGCUACUUGUCCUACACAACCAUCAAGACCGAGUCUCCGAAAUUGUGGACCAUGGCCUUACAGAAGCAAUGGGAACUAUGACCGAACUUCUAGCAGACUGCAGAAGCCAACUACAAGCACAGGUGCCACGGAUACAGGAAUUGCGAGCUAAACGCGCUGCUGACCCUCUGGGCUUCUAUGGUGGUGACCCAACUGGUGCUGGCGCUGGAGACGUUGAUAUCCCUGACAAUAUUUCUCUUGCGCCAACGGACGCAAGUACAAUGGCAGGUAGGAGUUUGUUCACCCGAUAUACUGGGGGAAGCAGUACGUCACGGGCUAGUAGCCGGAUGAGGAAGAGAGAAGAACGCAGGCGUGCAAAGGGGAAGAAAGGGACUGUUUACGAAGAGGAAUACCUCGUAAAUAGCGUGAGGCGGCUGAUUGAGAAGGUGAACAGCUCAGUUGAGGAAGUGGAAGCGUUGGUCCAAGGAAUGCUGAGAAGGGGGAUGCGCGAACGAGCAGCUGUAGUGGAGAAGAAUCUUGAUGAAGUUUUGAGUAUGUGUAGGGAUUGUCUGAGUGAUGUCUUCGAGACCCCUGCAGAGGCCAGUUCGGAUGCGCAGGAUAAGGAAGAUGAACCUCCUGCUGGUGCGAUUUCAAGUGGGGAACGAGUUUAUCUGGAGAGCAUGGAAGCUCUCAGGGGCAAAGGGAGGGAACCCCCUGUGGUCAAGGCUUUUAAGAAGCUCUCUUUAUUGGGUGGAUAA